AUGUCAAGCAACACCCCGACCCAGAGGGAACCCACACCAACCAAGGUUGACCCCGACAUCCCCGCGGAUCCCGCCGAGCCAAGCGAAUUGCCUUAUCAUGUAGGCCAAGAGAUCAAACUCCACCCCACGAGCCCCCGCGCCGACCAGGUCACCACCAUGCACGCCAGAGUCCUCGACGUGUACGGAGUCGAGAACCAGAUGGCCUGUGUGCUGCUGAUCGAGGUGGACCCGCCGCUGGGGAAGAUGACCUCGCCGAUGUUUCUGAAGCUGUUCGACCGACGCUGCGCGGGCGAGGCCCGGACCCAGAGGCUGGGCCGCCGGAAGACCGACGCCGCGCACUGGGCGGCGGCGGUCGAGCGGGACUACCACGAAUACCUCUGCCAGCAGGAAAGCCACAUCGCCGUGGACCUCCUCUCGCAGAACGAGAACCCGCGCUUCCAGCACCUGAGCUGGGCGCCCGCGCACAAGGAGAUCUACCUCGAGGGGCUCGUGCAGCGGAGCCUGGCGAACGAAUUGGCCGUCUGGCACCGCCUGCGUCUGCUGGAGGGCAAGAUCAUCCCGCGAUUCUACGGCGGCGUCUUGGCGACGUGGGAGGUCAGCGUGGACGACGCGGGAUUCACCAAGACAGGCACGUGUCAUGGGUAUCUGCAGCAGAUUCUUCACGGGUGCGCGUUCUGCGAUCUGUGUGAGAAGUUGCCGGAGAGGCUCUGGGGUACCGCCUGCGACGAUGUCCUGCACAUAGUGCGGACGAUUCAGGAUUGGGGCGUGCGGACGGAUCGGCUCAGUCUGAAGGACUUUGACGUGUGCUAUAUCACGGACCCGGAUGAGGAUGACGACGAGAGCAGCGCCCCCUUUUAUCGAGUGUUUCUAGUCGACCUCAGAUCCUGUGUGAAUCGGAGCUCCCGCGAGAGUGACUAUGCAUGGAAACAGCGUAUUGCUUGGGCGGAUGAGGAGGGCGCUAUCGCGCGAGACUUGGAGUUGCUCACGGGUCAUGCGUGGACAUAUCAUCGCUCGAAAGGUUCUAGUGAGCUAGAACAUGACGUUCCCCACGUCGAGCAUAAAGAAAUGGUGGAGAUUGAUAAAACCCCAAUGUCGCCAACGAGCUCCGACAGAACAGAAGUCCCGGGAAGUCCCUAA